AAGCCGAGAAGUGGAAGCAGAACGGAGUGUGUUGCGAUCGUGCUUUUGCUUUUUCGAUUAAAAAUAAUUCUUAAUAAAUAAUAAAUCUUUUUUAAUUGCUUUUUCGAAUACAAUGGUGUCGAAUGCAGAUUUGGGCUUCCUAAUCGCAACAUUGGUUGCCGUGAAGCGGAAAAAGAAGGAAAAGAAAAAACGACGGUGGUCCAAGGAGUGGUACAAACUGAGAAACUACUUCACUCAUGAACAUCUCCUAAACUUCCUAAGUGAUUCAGAACCAGAGGACUACAGGAACUUUUUGAGAAUGGACCAAGAAAGUUUUGAUCAUCUACUGGAUUUACUCCGCCCUGACAUUGAGAAGAAAGAUACAAAGAUGCGUGAAGCGAUUCCUGCAAGUCAGAGAUUGUCUAUCACAUUGAGGUACCUGUCGUCUGGCAUGGAUUUAGAAGAUCUCAAAUUCACGUGCGCCAUUGCUCCACAGACUCUGCAACUCAUCAUAAUGGAAACUUGCUCUGCAAUGAUCAAGGAAUUGAAGGAAAACAUUCAGGUUAGUAAUUAUAGCCAAGUAAAUCUCUUUAUAUUUUAAGGAAGAAAGGAAAGAAUUACAAUUUACAAAUAAUUCAUACAGAUAUUUC